AUGGGGACUGCUCAAAAUAUCCAAAGAGAUGAUACUGCAUCAUCACAACUGCCUCAAGAAGCUACUAAUGCUAAUGCUGCUGGUGUCCUAAUUCAUGUGGCCUCUCAGCAGCCAGAUUCUCCCCCAACCGAAUUUUGGGAGCAGUUGAUGAUAGCUUUGGGUCAGAUUCAGAGUAAUACGGAACAGUUGCUCAAACUAAUAACUGAUGCUCAAACUAAUGUUGUGGGAUCCCGCAAGAGGACGAGACAAGAGCGGGCGCAAGUGAGAGAUGACAAAGAAGAAGCAGAGACUCUACGGGAUCAGAAUCAACCACGCAAGGACUAG